AUGAUCAACCCUCAAGACAGAUUCUGGUCCGAGGGCCAGAACUACCGCGGCCCGAGCGAAAACCCCACUACCGAAACCUAUUGCAAUGUCUGGGAUUGGGAUCAACUGCGGAUGGUCAAGAUCAAAGGCACCGCCAAGCUGUUUCCACGAGAAGAGGAUAUAGAGCUCUCGAUUCUGGCGCAAUUCGCUGAUUACCUGUCGCCGGAAGUCCGCGCAAUUACAGUCGACGACGACGGGCUCCUUACUGGGGUUUCGACAGAUCCGGAAGAGGACGAUACUCUAUUUCUUGCGUAUCUUCCCUUCUCGCUCUGUGAAUCACUCGCCGAUUGCCGUACAAUUCAGCGCUCUAAACUCCAAGAGCUUGAUCGGCUUGGACCCUUUGUUGAUCUCGUAUCAUACGAAGACGAAUCUGGGAUUUCUCAAAAGGUUGCUUUCAAGUUUAACGUCUUGAAUAAGCCUCUAAGGCUACAGAUGGCCUGGGAUGAGCUCAACCUUCUGAAACUUCUACCGCCACAUCCUAAUAUAUUACCAUUUGACCGCGUUGUUCUUGAAGACGAGGAGUCUCGGGUGAUUGGAUUCACUACAAAGUUCAUCCCGGGUGGAACUCUCGCCAAUCCAAACAUACCUUUUCGAUUUGAGUGGCUACAACAACUUACUGAAGUGGUGGAUUUUCUCAACCUGGAACUAGGAAUCAUGCAUCAAGAUAUUGCACCCCGGAAUCUGCUUAUCGAUCCUAACUCACAUAAGAUUAUUCUCUUCGACUUCGAUCGGGCUGCAUCCGGAAAGCAACGCUUAUACGACGGUCGAGAUGAUGUGAGUAGCGUCGUAUUCACACUCUACGAGCUUAUCACGAACGAUACGUCCUUCUCGGGUAUCCCCCACUGGGAUCGAAACAUAGAUAUGGUUCAAAGUAUCUCAGAGUGGACUAGAAAUCGUGAACUGGAUUCCGACGUAUCGAAAUUCCGCGACUUUUUGAAUGAAUGGGUAGCAACACGAAGAUCCGACGGAGACAUGGAACGAUAUCUCAAUGCACCACACCGGCUUACAUGGCCGGAGCUACCUGCAGCGCCUGACUACAGUGUACCAUUCGAGAUGGGCAUAACCUGGGAUAAAAAGCCAAAUUGGGUGACGGGUCAUCGUUCCAGACACACUGCAAUGACGAUGGGACAGUAUUGCUUUCGCUGGGAGAGACCACCACAGAGCCGCUUGUUGAAAAAGGGUAAAAUAGAAUGA